CUGCUGUUUAGCCGCGCUCCCUCCCCACCCCACUGCCCUUCUUCCUGUCAUCUUCUACCUUCCAUAUCUCCAUGCUGGAACUCCUCGCUUCUUUCCGACUGCACCCUUCACGCCACCAUGAUCCGGGAGCUCCGCUGCGGUCUGAUGCGCUAGUGUCAUUUAUUUCACAUCUACAAAUAUGAAUCAUGCGUCUGAUAUUGCAGCCGAGUCUGCUCGCUGGCAUCUUCAUUGCACUACUGCUUUCGUUUGCCUCCGCCUCAGCGGUUUCCCAUGCCGUGGAGGAUGAGGCUCUAUAUGAGCUUGGUUUGCAGAGAACACGACAAGAUGCUGCAGCACCACCGGACACUAAAAGCACUGCGAACGACACAAGCAAUCAGGAACAGGAGGCGACCAUCACCUACCCUGCACGCCUCGUGUACUUUGUGAAUGAGGAGGAGGAGAGCGCGUACCAUGACCUGGAUACCCGGGCUCACAACCAGGCUGCUGAGGGUCAGGCCAUCCACUUGGCGCAGGCGAGCUUCCAGCUGGACGCCUUUGGAUCCACUUUUACUCUGGAUCUUACAUUAAACAAUGAUCUGCUGUCUUCAAAUUAUAUGGAGAUCCACUAUGAAAAAGACAAACCUGUUUUCUCAAAGGGAGGGGAGCACUGCUACUACCACGGUCUAAUCAGAGGAAAGGAAGCCUCUCGGGUGGCUCUGUCAACUUGCAACGGACUUCAUGGAAUGUUUGACGAUGGUGACUUCGUCUACCUCAUUGAGCCCCUCAACCAGACUCAUGUUGAGGGCAUGAAGUCGCGACCUCAUACCUUGCGUCGGACGUCGUCACUUCGUAUGGGCCAUGACCCUGUUGAUCCGGUUUCUGAGGACCAAGGGGAAGAGGAAGAGGAGGAAGAGCAGAACUUUACUGACAUGCCUUGGCUCAGACGACGCAGGAAACGAGCAGUACCACAGAAGGUAUUUGAUGAAAUGAAGUAUCUGGAGAUCAUGAUAGUCAGUGACCACAACACGUUUAAAAGACAUAAAAGCAAAAAACAUACCAGAAACUUCGCCAAAUCAGUUGUGAACCUGGUAGACUCUAUUUUCAAGGAGCAAUUGAACACACGUGUGGUGCUGGUCGCUGUUGAAAUCUGGACAGAUAGGGACAGAAUUCCUCUAAACGUAAAGCCUCUGGACAUGCUGAGAGAUUUCUCCAGUUACAGACAGCAGAACAUCAGGGUCAACGCAGAUGCUGUGCACCUCUUCACAAAUGUCACGUUUCAUUACGGCCGCAGCUGCAUGGCUUACAUUGGUGGUGUAUGUUCCAUAGGACGAGGAGUGGGGGUCAAUGAGUUUGGUGGGACAUGGACAAUGGCUGCCUCUCUCUCUCAGAGCUUGGCACAGAAUCUGGGCAUCCAGUGGGACCCUGUUAGCAGGAGAAAGGAGUGUGGCUGCAUGGACUCCUGGGUGGGGUGCAUAAUGGAAGAUACUGGAGUGCAGCAUCCACGCAGGUUCUCCAAAUGCAGCAUCACAGAUUAUAAGAACUUUCUUCUCAGAGGAGGAGCUUCCUGUCUGUUCAACAGGCCCAAUAAGCUGUUUGAGGCUACAGAGUGCGGUAAUGGCUAUGUGGAGGUAGGAGAGGAGUGUGACUGUGGAAACAGGAUGGAGUGCUAUAAAGACUGCUGUAAGAAGUGCUCUCUGUCUAAUGGUGCUCACUGCAGUGAUGGGCCGUGUUGCAACAGCACCUGUCUGUUUAUUCCCAGGGGUUACAGCUGCCGCUAUGCUGUAAACGACUGCGACAUUACAGAGACUUGCUCCGGAGAUUCAGGACAGUGUCCCCCAAAUCUUCAUAAGCAAGAUGGAUACCCUUGUCAGAUCAACCAGGGUCGUUGUUACAGUGGUGAAUGCAUGACCAGAGACAACCAGUGCAAGUACAUCUGGGGUUCAAAGGCAGGGGGAUCAGAGAAGCACUGCUACGAGAAGCUAAACACUGAGGGGACGGAAAAAGGAAACUGUGGAAAAGAUGGAGAGAAGUGGAUUCCUUGCAACAAACAUGAUGUUUUUUGCGGAUAUCUGCUGUGCACCAACAUCGGUAGAAACCCCAGAAUUGGGACAUUGAAAGGCGACAUCACCCCCACCACUUUCAACCAUCAGGGACGACUGGUAGACUGCAGUGGUGGUCGUGUGCUCUUGGAUGAUGACACUGACCUUGGUUAUGUGGAGGACGGGACACCGUGUGGCCCCUCUAUGAUGUGCCUUGAGCGGAAGUGUUUGCCCAUUUCCUUCUUCAACCUGACAGCCUGCCCUUCAGGGCCAAAUGAACGUGUCUGUUCUUCCCAUGGCGUGUGCAACAAUGAAGCCACAUGCACCUGCGAUACCACCUGGGCUGGGACAGACUGCAGCAUGCACGACCCACCAAAAGAACCACCUGUAGUUGAAGACGAGGGUCCCAAGGGUCCUAGCGCCACCAACCUUAUCAUAGGUUCCAUCGCGGGGGCCAUCCUGAUGGCAGCCAUAGUGCUGGGUGGGACGGGAUGGGGAUUUAAAAACGUCAAGAAAAGACGGUACGACCCCAAUGCCAGUGCCAUCUAGAGAUCUGGAGACUUCAGCCUUACCUGGUUUCCCUCCGGCUUCUAAAUGUAAGCUACCUGCUGGACUGUAUUUGCUGCUAACAGCCAGCUUUACUUGAACACAGGAAAAAAAAAAUCAAGGACGACACAAAGAACAGAAGAAUGUUUUUCACCAAAAAAAUAUCCUACCCAAAGCCUGUCCCUUCCUGCUCCCUUCUCCUUGUCAUGACAUUUAUAAUUACCCAGAUGAAGAUGCUUUCCCAGUCCUGGCUUUAUGUUUUGAUCUGGGCAUGACCAGCCUUGUCUCUGAAAUUUGCAUGGCAGUGGAGGGUCACCAACUCAAAACAAAAACAAAGAGAGCAAUGUAAAAGAAUGUGUCUGCAUUAAAUGUGCUGCAUCGAUCAUGAUUAGGACUCGCCUAUAGUGGUUUUGAGACCUCAAAGGGAGCGAAGUUGCCUGACUACACUUUACCAUAAAAAAGACUCAUACAAUUUUGAGACCACAUUGUUUUACAUGGACAUGGAUUAAAACUGCUUUUUCUUACAGGUUUUAGCAUGUUGUAUUGCAGGCAUUUUUUUGCCAUAAUAAUGAAAAAAAAAAUGCAUCCGACAAUUCGGCCAGCUGCUUUUCUGCUUAAUAAGUUCACUCUGAAUUCCACAUGCACACACAAUGAAUUAAUUAUAUAUCCCUGGUAAUGGCAGUAAUGCUCCCCUUAUUAUUACUUAUUAUACUGGACCACCCUGCGCGGAGUGUCCUUUCGGCUAAUCGGAUAGCUGCAUGAUGUAACUGCACUGGACGGGGAUCUACCUGAAUCCCGCCGUGCAUCUUAAAGAAACUGCAUGUCAAAGAAACUGUAAACUUUUACAUACUAUGCAAAGGGGAAAUGUUGCACAAACCCUAUGGAUUGGUACCAUAGUGAAAUUAUACUAACAAUAAAAUUGAUUCUUGCUAUUACUAGGCAGUCUUUUAUAUGCUUGGCCAUAACUAUGUUGGUCUUUUAAACCAAUUACUUCUAACUAAAAAAAUGAAUGUUGCAAGGAGACUUUCAGCUUUUAAAAUUCUUUUCUGCCAUAGUGAUAUUUAAGGCAACAGAGAAGUAGUAGUUGAAUGGGAAAGGGUUUCAUCUUGGGGGUUUUUUCACUGACUUUGGCCACCUGAUGUCCAUUCUCAUAUCUUUAAUCAUUUUCAAUGGAGGCAUUGACAACAAUAAAGAACUUAACACAAA